UCAGUGUGUCAGCCUCUUACAGACAGCUCCAGGGAUUGGCUGACUGUCGCCAUGUGACAGUGUCGGGGGAAAUGUGCAAGAAUCUGUCAGAAGUUACAGCUUUGCUUUUGCUUGCCGGCCUGGGAGCCUUCCUACACACCUGCAGCCAGGGAAGCGUGUGAGUGACCUACUGCUGCUCCUCUGCAGAGUAUCGCCCCUAAAGAGCAGGUUAUGACUCUCUGAGCCUAUGAUCGGUCAUUUGGCCGUGUCGGAUCUCUGAACGGAGGGGACUGGGGUGCCCACCCCUGCCGGCCACCCUUCCACCCCAGCAAACGUCAUGCUCAUUACCCUCUGCUACAUGUAUCUGUGGCUGCGAUUCAGAUCCUCAUAUGCUGUGCUGAUCCGCAGCUGUGUGCAUCGGCUGCACAGGACCAACUCAUUCACUUUCUGUACUCAGCGGCAGGGGAGAAAGAGCCUUAGAGGAACCCAAGAGCCAAAGGAAGAUAAGUUCUCUCUGAAAGUGGGCAGAAAGCUCUUCCUCAUUGAGGGUUCCCAGCUCUUUGAAGAUCUGAACAAAUGGAAUCUCCUCCUUGAAUCCCCUAGAGAUAGUGAUCUGGGAAAAGGACAGAUUACCUUUAUCACUGAGAGCGUCUCUUUACCAAGUGAAACCUUAUCAGCCUCAUCCAACUCUUCCAAAAAGGUUCAGAAGCUGUCCGAAUACUGUUUGCUUCUGGCUCGGUACCAUGAAGAUCCCUGCAAGCUGCUUGCGGAAGCCAGUGUAGAAGACUUCAGUGAGCUCGGCAUAGCGUUUAUGGAAGACAGACUGCUGAUGGACAAUGGGUCACCGCUCCAUAAAAUCACAUCUGUAUAUCUAAAGGAGUCGGCUCUGAAGGCCCAAGAAACAGAGGAGACAAAUCUCAGAACCUCUAAGAGCAGAACUGAACCGCAUUUGGCUCCCUCAGUUGGACAGGAAAAUAUGGGAACGGCUGAGAGCAGUGCCGCCACUGAUAAAGGCGAGGAGCUGGAAGCCCACCGUCAUCUCCAUCUGUCAAGUUGCCACGAGUGCUUGGAACUGGAGAACCGCACCAUAGAGUCCGUGCGCUGUGCCUCUGAAGAGAACAUUCCUGACCUCCCCGAGGAUUUCAGCAGCUUAGAAGGCAGUGAAUUACAGAACCACGGCAGCCUUAACGUGUCGGGGAAACCACCCAACGUCCUUAUAUACUGCGGCCCUGAAACCGGCGGCCAAUUCCAAGAAAUCAAGUCUGUUCUCCUACAGUGUUUCGAUUCCUCUAGGUAUGUCAUUUAUCCUCUUCCUGAUGAUCAGGUUCUGAAAGCUCCGUGGACAGAUAACUGCUUGUUAUUGGUGGUGGCCUCCGACCAUCCAGUCUCAAAUCACAUUGAAGAGCAGUUCUUGAGUUAUUUGUCCAAAGGUGGAAAGAUUUUGGGACUUUCCUCCUCCUCCUCCUUCGCCUUCGGCAGUGUAUCGGUAACGAGCAAAAGCCAACUGCAGGGGUCUGUCCAGGCUCUGGUUUUCGGGAGACCCAACUGUGACCCGGUCAGUUUGGACUUGGUGGCCAGCGGGAAAGUAUUUGCGGAACUUUCUAGUGAAGCAUCACCGCAAGUGUCAGGGUGGGGGUAUUUAAACAACGACGACAAAGACUUGAUUCUGGUUCACCAGACCUAUGGUGAUAAUGGCGGGGAAGCUGUUCUUUGCCAGGUAAAACUUGAAGCCUCUCCAGAGUCUGUCAGUGAGGACGACACAGGGACCUUUGAGUCACUUAAGAAAAGCAACCCCCUGAGAUACGCCGUCCUGACCCAGAUCCUCAUCAGCCUUGGCCUGGAUUGUGACUUGGCCUCACCUCCAGCUCUCACUCCUGUUUAUUUACUCACUGCUGAACAGACUUGUUAUGAUGACGUUCUCCAUUGGCUCAAAACCCGAACGGACAGCGGUGGCUUGAUAAAGUCUGGCAAGAUGUCUCUAAAAGUCUGCCCUUCACCCCAGCCCGACAUAGACGUCAGCCCAACCCUGUCACCUCUUGUAACCCAACCGGAAAGCUUCACAUGUGAAGAAUUCAGCGUAGAGAGGUACAGCGAAAGCCUCUGCACGGACAAGCUUGGCAAAAUCGUGCUUUUUGCUGAAGUUACCACCACAACCUUCAACCUACUGGAAGGGCUGAUGUUUCACGAACCCAAGGAAAUGGGGUUAAUUGCCAUCGCAGCUCAUCAGACUCAAGGCAAAGGUCGAGGCGGCAAUGCGUGGCUCAGCCCUAAGGGAUGUGCCUUAAUGACGUUGCACAUCUCAAUCCCGUUGCUGUCUGAGCUGGGCCAGAGGAUCGCUUUUGUACAACACCUGAUGUCCCUGGCGGUGGUGGAAUCUGUGAGGUCCUUACCUGGAUAUGAGGACAUUGACCUGAGAGUAAAAUGGCCCAACGACAUUUACUAUGGCGAUUUGAUGAAGAUUGGUGGAGUUCUGGUGAAUUCUACACUUAUGGGAAACACUUUUCACAUUCUAAUUGGCUGCGGGUUCAACGUCAGCAAUAGUAACCCAACUGUUUGCAUCAACGAUCUCAUCGCGCAGCAUAACAAGACCUAUAAAACAAAUAUUGAACCACUGCGGGUGGACACUUUGAUCGCCAGGGCUGUGACGGCAUUAGAAGGACUCAUAAAGGCAUUUCAGAGCAAAGGACCCGACGGUGUCCUACCUGCUUAUUAUAAAUAUUGGCUUCACAGUGGUGCUAAGGUCCGGCUGGGUGGGGACGAUGGUCCUUUGGCAUGGAUAAUUGGAGUCGAUGAUUCCGGAUUCCUUCAGGUUCUACAGGAAGGGAAGGAAAUUGUCUCAGUGCAUCCUGAUGGCAACUCUUUUGACAUGCUCAGAAACCUCAUUAUACCAAAGAAGUGAUGGACACCCAUAGAACUUCAGAAGGGAACAUUUCAUUUUUUUAAAAAACAAUCAUAACUUCAUUUUGUUAUAAAUAAAACUGAAGAAUAUACCAGGAUAUGGAAUAUAUUUUGGCAAAGACUCCAAUGGGCAAGUUAGCAAGCACCUCUUUUGGAUGACCGUUGGUGGGGAUGAUGGAGGAGGUGAUCCUGCCACAGGACUGCCUGAUAUGGGCAGGGAUAGAUGGGUUUCUAAUAUUUUCUGCUGGUAAUAUUUUUAAUUCUGUAUAGAUAUAAUAUAGAGACUAUCACUGUUCAUAUAAGGAGAUAUUGGAUUGAUAGUAAUGCCAGAAGAGAUGCCUUCAUUGGCUCAGCCUUCCACAGACUGUCUUCCUACUGCAUAAAUAUUUGCCUUAUAGAAUCAAAAUAGGGAUUGGAGUAGAGAUGUGUUGCAGCAUCUCAGCCAUGGACUAACGAGUUUUCUAAUUGUUACUGCAUUUAUACAGCAAUUUAGGCAAGCCUGAUGUCUGGGUUAGGAAUGGACAUUGAAGCAAAAUUCUUCAACUUCAUCCAUUCUGAAACUUCUGGAUCCUGCACAUUGAGGAGCCCACGGAGCAACUGAUAUGGGUCAGGAGAGUGAGGGACAGAAACACUACCCUAGGGUAAGGCCUACAGUAGUAGCCUUAGGGUAAGAUAAUGAUGGUAGGACAGAGUGGCAAUAGCAGGACAAGAUGGAGUCAGCAAGAGAAGAUGGUGUUAGUAGAGUAAUAUGGUAAUAGUAAUGUGUUGCCACCACUAUAGACAGCACUGGUCCUUUGCUGCCAUGACUGGGACUUGGACUCCAAUGGGACUCCAAUGGGGUCCUGGGCAUAGCCCUAGGGAUCCUUAUGCAUAAUCUGUACCUACAUCAGGCAAUAUGGAUGGGAAUGCCAUUUGGAGUGCACCAGUUGUUGCCUUUGCAGGUAGCUGUAACCCGUGCCAGGGGAUGCUGGGUGCUGCAGUAGAUUGGCACAGGUUGGACAAUUCUUAUCUCCUCACCGUGUGGGCAAUCUUAUCUGUAAUUUCCACUAUGCAAUCAGUGUUACUUAUGAGCACCCAAGUCUUCCCUACAUUUAAAGGACCAGUAACACCAGAAAAUGCCCUCGAUGCACGAGCACACUGUAUAUGCUUGAGCUGCCAGAAAAUGACAUUUAUUUGGGGAAGUUGCAGAACAUAGAUCUUUGCAAAAUCUGACUACUCGAGUAAUGGGCCAAAUGGGGCAUCCAGGUAUGUGAGCUCUGGGCCAACAAUCAGAUCACAUAGGGACCCCAUGCAGACCCAUCAGGUGAGGGGCCCCAUACAGACCCAGCAGGUGAGGGCCCCAUACAGACCCAGCAGGUGAGGGCCCCAUACAGACCCAGCAGGUGAGGGCCCCAUACAGACCCAGCAGGUGAGGGCCCCAUACAGACCCAGCAGGUGAGAUCCCCAUACAGACCCAGCAGGUGAAGACCCCCCAUACAGACUCAGCAGGUGAGGGCCCCAUACAGACUCAGCAGGUGAGGGACCCCAUACAGACCCAGCAGGUGAGGGCCCCAUACAGACUCAGCAGGUGAGGGACCCCAUACAGACCCAGUAGGUGAGGGCCCCCCAUACAGACCCAGCAGGUGAGGGUCCCCAUACAGACCCAGCAGGUGAGGACCCCCCAUGCAGACCCAGCAGGUGAGGGUCCCCAUGCAGACCCAGCAGGUGAGGACCCCCCAUGCCGACCCAGCAGGUGAGGACCCCCCAUGCAGACCCAGCAGGUGAGGACCCCCCAUGCAGACCCAGCAGGUGAGGACCCCCCAUGCAAACCCAGCAGGUGAGGACCCCCCAUGCAGACCCAGCAGGUGAGGACCCCCCAUGCAGACCCAGCAGGUGAGGGCCCCCAUACAGACCCAGCAGGUGAGUAUUUCCCAUCCUUCCUGAUCAUGUGGCUGAGCCCCAAUCAGCCAUUGGUCGGGAUGGCCAAUGGUUGUGCCCAGUAACGGCUGAGCCGGUAUUUCUGAAUGACAUGUAUACGGCUCAUCUGUGUCAGAUAUUUGAACAGUUCGGCAUCAUUUGCAGAAAACACAAUGUUUUUAUUUAAAUGCACUUGCACUUUUUGUAUAAAAACACUGAAAUCGGACCUGAGACUGAAACUGAUUGGCCGGGAGGGUCAGUACAAAGGGCAAAUGGGAGAAGGGAACACAAAGCAGUAGAGCCGGGGGGUUACACAUACAGAUACCUGGUAUCUCCAAGCACAUUCACUGUAUGUUUGGUGCUGCUGCUUCUUUAAAGGGGAAGUUUGGCUUCGGCUUUUACAUUGUUGCACAUGGAAGUCAUUUCUGUCUUCAUUUUUUUGUAAUUGAAUUAUUUGCUUUUUUUUUUAACUGCUUCUGUCCAUGCCGGAAAGCAGACUGAUUUUGAGGCUGAAUUUGUAUAGAAAUUUUUUUUUUUGGUAAUGUUUGAAUAGCAUAUCUUUCUGUUCAGGCAUUCUUGGAAUUCUGAUUCAUUCAAGCAGAGGACUGGUUGCUAGGAGUCAGUGCACUUAGCAACCGUAUGGUGUAAAAUUCACACGGAGCAGCGAAUUCAGUCCAGAAAAUGAAUGCAGUUUGCCUUAAUCUCACUAGCAGGCGACGAGCAAUGUUAAUAAACAAUCACCUUGA